CAGAUCUCAUCUGACACUGAUAGAGCAGAGUCCACGGAGAAGAGAGAGUUCCCGCCGCCUCAUGCACCGCCUGCUGUCGCCCUGGGACCUGCCAGGAUGUGCGGCUAUUAGACCCAUGGAAGCGGCUAACUUUUACUACGACGAGAGCCUGGCGGCCAAAGCUCAGCGCCGGGGGGCCCUGCCGGAGCACGAACGAGCCAUAGACUUUAGCCCGUACCUGGAAGCUGACUGUGGGGAGCUGCUGUGCGAACUGGGGGCCUCCCACUACCGGUACCCGGGAGAGCCCAAAACGGAGCCGGUACUACACACGCUGGACACCUACCGGGACAGCCUGGGCAAGGACGAGCCCCCGGCCAUGCGCUCCUUCCUAGCCUUCCACGCCGCACCGUCCGGCAGCAGCGGCAACCUGAGCAGCGCGUCGUCCAGCAGCCCCCCGGGCACCCCCAGCCCCGCACCCAGGGGCCAAGCGGCAGCGUCCGGCUCCAAGCACAAGAAGAACCCGGACAAGCACAGCGACGAGUACAAGCAGCGGCGGGAGCGCAACAACAUCGCCGUGCGCAAGAGCCGCGACAAAGCCAAGAUCCGCAACCUGGAGACGCAGCACAAGGUCCUGGAGCUGACGGCCGAGAACGAGCGGCUGCAGAAGCGGGUGGAGCAGCUGACCCGGGAGCUCGGCACCCUGCGCAACCUCUUCAAGCAGCUGCCGCCCGAGGCCACGGGCAGGUGCUAGAGACACGCUCACAGGGGCCCCGGGGGCCACUCAGGAGCACCAGCGCCACAGGCAGCGCACAGACAGACUGACGGGCCCAGCGCCAGAGAGGAGACUGCUGCCCCAACGUGGGGCCCUCCAGCACCGGUGAUGGGGGCUUCGCAGGUUACACCUCCCCCCGGGGCCCCGGUGGAACACAGGAGCUGCACCUGCCGCCGGCGGUGACCGGACAGCGGGGGGCGGGUUGUCGGGCGCUCGUUUACAGCCGCUGAUGUUUGCACUCUGCACCUUCUCUACACUGAACACUUACGGCUGGGGCCGCAGCCGGUGAUGCAAUAGUUAAGCCCGGACCGGGCGGAUGACGCAACCUGCUGCAACCGGAGAGCGUCCUCCACAGACUUGUACCAGAGACGUUUUUUUAGAUUUGGGAAUUUCUAUUUUCAGCAUUAAAUGUCGGAAUAAAAGGUUUUCUUUUAUAUCUGA